UAAUAAUCGGCAAUAUGCCCCCCAGGGUGUCUUGACGGGAAUGGCCGACGGUGAAUUCUAUCGUAGUAUGCUUCUGAAGCCAUACGAAAGUGGCUUCGUCAAUGGCGGCCCUCAUCAGCUCGAGAGACCCAAUUUCUUCAUUGUUCCGCAAGGCCGUUGUGCCGAGUUUCUUCUCUUCUCUACUCUCGGAGACAUGAUAGCGGAGAAAAGACGAAACGACUGCAGUGCGCCAACGGUGAUAAUAAGCAAUGGUUUUUUCGACACCACUGGGGCUAAUGCUAUCGCCGCCGGGUUCUCCCUCGAAACCUUUACACAACCAGGGCUGACUGAUCCAUUCCCUGAGGAGCUAGUUGGAAAACAGAACCCAUUCAAAGGCAAUCUGGACCUGGCCGCAACCGAAACCUUUCUGGAUCAACACCAGGCACAGGUCUGUAUGAUAUUGAUCACAAUUACCAAUAACUGGGCUGCUGCACAACCUGUUUCAAUGGCAAACAUCCGCGGAGCCGCUGAGUUGGCGAGGCGAAGAUCGAUACCCCUUUUUUUCGAUGCCUGCCGCUUUGCAGAGAACGCCUGGUUCAUCCGUGAGUUUGAGUCUGGAUAUUCCGAUAAAACGAUCCCCGAAAUUGUCCAGGAAAUGUUUUCCUACGUUGAUGGAUUUACCAUCAGCUUGAAGAAGGACGGUUUGUCAAAUAUGGGGGGUAUUUUAAGCUUUAGGGACGGAGGAUUGCUGGCGCAACAGUACGACGCAAUAGGUCUUCGCUUGAAAGAGCGCCAGAUUCUGUGCUACGGCAACGAUUCGUAUGGAGGAAUGAGCGGGAGAGACAUAAUGACAGCCGUGGUAGGCCUAUAUGAAGUCACGAAAGAACCCUACCUCCGCACCCGCAUCAAUCAAGUACGGUCAUUCGCUGAGAAGCUUCAAGCUGAUGGCGUCUCUGUUCUUUUGCCUCCCGGCGGUCACGCAGUUUACCUCAAUAUGGACGAGUUCUUCCACGGGUGCGAUAGACAUGCGGGCGACUUCCCUGCUGUGGGCUUCACCUUAGAGCUUCUCAAAGACUUUGGAAUACGCGCCGCAGAAGCCGGACCGUUCGGGUGGGAAUGGGAUAAGAAGCCUCCUGAAUUACAAGCCAAGAUACCCAACCUGGUUCGGUUCGCGGUACCACGCCACGUGCUUUCCGACCAACAUAUCAACUACACAGUUGCGGCCAUCAAGGAGCUCCAUAACCGGAGACAUUCAAUUCCCAACGUCAAGAUUACUAGAGGUAAGAACAUGAGGCUCCGGCAUUUCUCAGCAGGUAUGAAGCCUAUUCCCGUGAAUCCGACCCUCACAAACACGACAUAUCUGCGAGAAGCGACACGACAACUGUCCCACUUAUCUAGAGCACUUGACCAAGACAGCGUGAAAGAUGAGCUGUUGAACAGCGCUUUGGGCAUCUCAAUGGAAGGCUGGGGUCAACUACCCAUCCCUCAAGACGUAAGCUCGUCGCGAUGGGUUUCGGGCGUUAGCAAUGACCAUUCACCCUUCGAGUACUCAGUCGUUCUAGACCAGGAGACCGGAGAUACGGAGCUACGAUUCUUAAUUGAAGCUCAGCCGUUACAAGGAGAGGGGCAGGGGAACUUGACCCAGCUGCAAGCAGAAGCCUUCGCGCUGGCUGAGAGGAUAGCAGACAAAAAUAGAAACAAGGUUUCCUUGGACCGCUUCCGUGCCGUCCGGGACCUAUUUAUGCCUAGCAAACCGGAGGGAUCGUUCGCCGCGUGGUUCAGUUACGCAUCGGGCAAGGACGGCGCAGAGUGGAAGAUCUACCUCAAUCCAUGCUGUACGCCCGGUCGACACGACGCCAUUUCCAGAACCCGCGCGGCGUUCGAACGGAUCGGUUUAGCUGAAUCAUGGGCUGCCGUAGAAAGUGUCAUCGCGCCCUACGAGUCGGUCGUCUACUUCUCGCUCGACCUAUCAUCGGAUUCAAAUCACAGCCGCGCUAAGGUGUACGUCUCGCACGGGACAUCGUCCACGGCAUCAGCCAUCGCUGAGAAGCACGCGGCAAUCUGCCCUCACGCGAAUCCGUACGAGAUCCAACGAUUCUGCGAGGCCAUGGGAGGCGGCAAUCUCGGGCCCUACGAGCAGAAGCCGCUGCUUUCCUGCUUCGCCUUCACCAGCCGAGCGCCUGGCCAACCGGUCGGGACGGUGCAUUUCCCGGUCAGCGCAUAUGCUGGCGACGACAGGGAGAUACAGGAACGUAUUGAACGGUAUAUGGUCGCGGUAUCCGUACCUUCGCUUUAUAAGAAGCGGUACAGGAAGAUAAUUAGCGCGGUGCAACGGAGGCCGUUGGAUCAAGGGGUAGGUGUACAUGCUUGGGUGAGCUUGAAGCAGGGACCCGGCGACAAGCGGUCAAAUACAUUUUAUAUCUCACCGGGUUUAUUUCUAUGCCGAAGGGAAAAAUAA